GGAGAUCGGAGGGUUGGGCUUCCUCGGGGGCCAGAAGGAACCCUCCCUGCAGAGCAGCACUAGCCAGCCCGCCCAGGAAGCAGGGUCAGAGCCCCUCGGGAGGGAAGGCAGCCCCUCCCCGGGCCAGAACCCACUUCCUACUUCACCGCACUCGGGGAGGCGGCAGGGAGAGCUGUGGGCAGAGGCCAGGCCUGCUCCCUCCGCCCUCUGCGCAGGAAGAUGGGGCAGGCCGGCAACCUGGACUGGGUGCUCCCCGCUGCCGGCAGGCUGGAGGAUGAAGAAGGCCCCGAGUGCGGCAAAGCGGACUUUGUGCUUUUGGACCAAGUGACCAUGGAAGACUUCAUGGAGAACCUGAAGCUCAGGUUCAAGCAGGGUCGCAUCUACACCUACAUUGGCGAGGUGCUCGUGUCCGUGAACCCCUACCAGCAGCUGCCCCUCUAUGGGCCCGAGGCCAUCGCCAGGUACCAGGGCCGCGAGCUCUACGAGCGGCCGCCCCACCUGUACGCCGUGGCCAACGCCGCCUACAGGGCCAUGAAACGCAGGUCCAGGGACACCUGCAUCGUGAUCUCAGGGGAGAGCGGGGCGGGGAAGACGGAGGCCAGCAAGCACAUCAUGCAGUACAUCGCUGCCGUCACCAACCCCAGCCAGAGGGCGGAGGUCGAGAGGGUCAAGGAUGUGUUGCUCAAGUCCACCUGUGUGCUGGAGGCCUUCGGGAAUGCCCGCACCAACCGCAACCACAACUCCAGCCGCUUCGGCAAGUACAUGGACAUCAACUUUGACUUCAAAGGAGACCCCGUGGGGGGACACAUCCACAGCUACUUACUGGAAAAGUCUCGGGUCCUCAAGCAGCACGUGGGUGAAAGGAACUUCCACGCCUUCUAUCAGGUGCUGCGAGGCUCUGAGGAUGCGGAGCUGCAAGAACUGCACCUGCAGAGAAACCCCGCCCUGUACAACUUCACCCGCCAGGGCGCAGGGCUCAGUGCCUCGGACAGCGAGGAGAGGAGCCACCACCAGGCGGUGACGGAGGCCAUGCGGGUGAUCGGCUUCAGCGAGGAGGAGAUGUGCUCUGUGCGCCGGAUCCUGGCAGCCAUACUGCACCUGGGAAAUAUUGAAUUUGUGGAGAUGGAAGAGGGGCACCUGGCUGUGGCCGAGGAGGUGCUGGUGGACCACGUGGCUGAGCUGACGGCCACGCCCCGGGAGCUGGUGAUGCGCUGCCUGCUGGCACGCACUGUAGCCUCCGGGGGCAGGGAAGUCAUUGAGAAGGGCCAUACUGCAGCCGAGGCCAGCUACGCCCGGGACGCCUGUGCCAAGGCGGUGUACCAGCGGCUGUUUGAGUGGGUGGUGAACCGGAUCAACAGUGUCAUGGAAGCCCGGGGCCGGGACCCCCGGCGGGACGGCAAGGAUACAGUCAUCGGCGUCUUGGACAUCUAUGGCUUCGAAGUGUUCCCUGUCAACAGCUUCGAGCAGUUCUGCAUCAACUACUGCAAUGAGAAGCUGCAGCAGCUGUUCAUCCAGCUCAUCCUGAAACAGGAGCAGGAGGAGUACCAGCGGGAGGGCAUCGCCUGGCAGAGCGUGGAGUACUUCAACAACGCCACCAUCGUGGACCUGGUCGAGCGGCCCCACCGGGGCAUCCUGGCCGUGCUGGACGAGGCCUGCAGCAGCGCCGGCACCAUCACAGACCGGAUCUUCCUGCAGACCCUGGACACGCACCACCGCCACCACGCCCACUACACCAGCCGCCAGCUCUGCCCCACAGACAAGACCAUGGAGUUUGGCCGAGACUUCAGGAUCAAGCACUAUGCGGGGGACGUCACGUACUCCGUUCAGGGCUUCAUCGACAAGAACAGAGACACCCUUUUCCAGGACUUCAAGCGGUUGCUCUACAACAGCUCGGACCCUACCCUGCGGGCCAUGUGGCCGGAUGGGCAGCAGGACAUCACAGAAGUGACCAAGCGCCCCCUGACUGCCGGCACACUCUUCAAGAACUCCAUGGUGGCCCUAGUCGAAAACCUGGCCUCCAAGGAGCCCUUCUAUGUGCGCUGCAUCAAACCCAACGAAGACAAGGUGGCCGCGCAGCUGGACGAGGGCCACUGCCGCCACCAGGUCGCCUACCUGGGGCUGCUGGAGAACGUGAGGGUCCGCAGGGCUGGCUUCGCCUCCCGCCAGCCAUACCCUCGAUUCCUGCUCAGGUACAAGAUGACCUGUGAGUACACGUGGCCCAACCACCUGCUGGGCUCGGACCAGGAGGCCGUGAGGGCCCUGCUGGAGCAGCACGGGCUGCAAGGGGACGUGGCCUUCGGGCACAGCAAGCUCUUCAUCCGCUCGCCCCAGACGCUGGUCACCCUGGAGCAGAGCCGUGCCCGCCUCGUCCCCAUCAUUGUGCUGCUGCUGCAGAAGGCCUGGCGGGGCACCCUGGCGCGGUGGCGUUGCCGGCGACUGCGGGCCGUCUACACUAUCAUGCGCUGGUUCCGGAGGCACAAGGUGUGCGCUCACCUGGCAGAGAUGCAGCGGCGGUUCCAGGACGCAAGGCAGCCCCCGCUCUAUGGCCGCAACCUCGUCUGGCCGCAGCCCCCAGCGGUGCUGCAGCCCUUCCAGGACACCUGCCACGCGCUUUUCUGCAGGUGGCGGGCGCGGCAGCUGGUGAAGAACAUCCCCCCCUCAGACAUGGCCCAGAUCCAGGCCAAGGUGGCCGCCAUGGGGGCCCUGCAGGAGCUGCGGCAGGACUGGGGCUGCCGGCGGGCCUGGCUGCGGGACUACUUGUCCUCUGCCACCGACAACCCUACUGCCUCCAGCCUGUUUGCUCAGCGCCUGAAGACCCUUCGGGAAAAGGAUGGUUUCGGCGCCGUGCUCUUCUCCAGCCACGUCCGCAAGGUGAAUCGUUUCAACAAGUGCCGGGACCGCGCCCUCCUGCUCACUGACCGGCACCUGUACAAGCUGGAGCCCGGCCGGCAGUACCGAGUGAUGCGGGCGGUGCCCUUGGACACGGUGACUGGGCUGAGCGUGACCAGCGGACGGGACCAGCUGGUGGUGGUGCACGCGACUGGUCAGGACGACCUGGUGGUGUGUCUGCACCGCUCAAGGCCACCGCUGGACAACCGCGUGGGGGAGCUGGUGGGCGUGCUGGCCGCGCACUGCCAGGGGGACGGCCGCUCCCUGGAGGUCCGUGUGUCUGACUGCAUCCCCCUAAGCCAGCGGGGCAACCGGCGCCUGGUAUCUGUGGAGCCCAGGCCUGAGCAGCCCGAGCCUGACUUCCGCUGCAGCCGAGGCAACUUCACCCUCCUGUGGCCGAGCAGCUGAGCCCCCUGUCCUGCCUGCCAAGGCGCAGCCAAAGGGGACAGCUCCUCCGCC